GUAAUUUCCAAUAAUUUCCCCCACACUGCCACAAGUGGUGUACUGGUGCGUAAGGAAAUUCAAACUCGAUCACUUUUCACACACCAAUAAAAAAAGAUUCUUAUUUUCAGCAAUCAAUUCACACACCAAUAGAAAAAUAUUCUUAUUUUCAGCAAUCAACAUAUUCAGCCUCCAAAUUCUCAGCAAUUGAUAGGUAAAAAAUGGCCGGUCUUUGGUCCGAUCAUUUCCCAGCCAGUGAGAAAACGCCGACGGUACACUCCCCUCGCCGGACGACAGGCGUGUGGUCCGAACUCUUCCCCUCCGCCGAGAAACCUCCGUCUCCGGCGGCAACUCCACCACCGCCGCCGCCGACGCCCCUUCUUCGCUCUCAGAAGUUUAUCUUCUGCCCAACAUGUAGCAACGGCUGCCGCAUCCAGACGUCGAAGACUCUCAAAAACCCCAAUCGCCAGUUUUAUACGUGCCCCGUCCCUGUUCAGCACAAAUUCUAUAAGUGGGCUGACGAAGUGAGCACUUUCGAGUUAAUCGAUGUGCCCUACUGUGGGUGCUCGGCCGGUGUUUGUCGGGUUCGCAAGGAGAGAAGAGGGCCGAAUGCCGGUAGGAUCUUGUUCAUGUGCAGAAUAAAGGAGGGAGAAGGAUCUUGUGGCUAUAAGAUUUGGCAGGAUGAGCUAGAAAAUUCAGCAGUAGGCAGAGCAAAUGCAAACUUAACUUCAUCUCAGUCACCUAAGAUUAACACCAAUCUUUCCAAACCCACAUUAACCGAGGAAAACAUUCCAAGCAAUGAGUUCCCAUUGACCGGCUCUCUACAUCCUGCAAACUGUCACAGAAUAGAAUCUAAAGCGACAGAUCAGUCACAAUGUCAGGAAAUCGAACAUGAAGAAUCCCCAAGGAGAGUUCAAAGUAUUCUGGACAAUGGAAUAAAUUUAUCAAAAUCGCCUUCACCUAUGGCAAAUGGCAAUCACGUCAAGCCCGCAAAUAGCAUAUCGAUUGAAGAAAUCGAGUCACCUGAGAUUGAAAGCUCAGUAGGACAUGUCACCACUACUGAAAUGAUGUAUCGAAAGACGGAGCAGUUAAAAUGUCAGGAUAACAAACGUGAUGCAUUGGAAACAAGAGCUCAGAUGUUAUCAGAUUUAAAGGUGUCUUUAUUUCAGUCGCCCACGUGCCAUGUAGAUCAUGCCAAGCCUGCAUAUAUUGAUUUGGUUGAGGAAAAAAGUGAUGAGGCGGAAGGUAAUGAGUUGCCUGAGAUUGGCCCUUCAGAAAAUCUCCACUAUCAUCAAGGUGUCUCAUCUGACAAGACAGAGAAACAAAAAUGUCAAGAAAACCAACCCCAUAAAUCUUCACGGAGACCUCAUAAAAGAUCUAGGCAUGGAGGUUUGAAAGUCUCCUCUUCUACUGGACCUCUUGCAGUGUCGAGUUCUUUAGUUCCUUCACAGCCUGUCACGAUUCCUGCCAUGAAUUCUGUGUCGGUCAAACAAUGUUGGAUGGCAGCUGCAAUCAGCCAAAAUUUAAGUAUUCAACUUGAGGGUUGGUGGGGAAGGCUUGCUUUCCAUCCCAUGCCUUCCUUGACUACUCAUGCAUCAAAAUCACUCAACUGCUACAUCUCUCUUCAAGACCCCACUUUCCCUGUUCAAGACAAGAUCCUGAUAAACAAUCCUGACAAAAAUGGCCAACUCUCUCACAUCAACUCCUUUCCUACCACUAACCCACAACAACCCAGUCCAAACACCCCAAACCCCAUGUCAGCCUUCAUCUCAAGAGCCUUUUCCCAGGCAGCCAACCAACUCAAACACGACUUUCUCUGCCUUCUCCAAAAAACGGACCCCAAAGACCACAAAACCAUGAGGCUUGCCGCACAAGACACGUUUUCCGCCCUCGACCUUCUAUUAUCCGAUAACCGAGACCUCCGAACCCGUGCAGAGGAGUACAUAUUCCGCGCUUCAGCAUUGGCCGAGAUUGAAAAGAGAGAUGAGUUGCAUCGAGAGCUGGUCGAGCAGUGGUUAGACGAGCGGAGAAGGUUAGACGAGAUGGGUUCGGUCCAAGCAGAGGCAGUCGAGUCUGCAGGUGAGUGCAGAAGGCGGAUUGAGAGGGUGCGGGAGAAAGUGUCGUCGGCUAUGGAGUGGAUUUUUCAGGUGGAGGCCGAGUUGUCGUGCUAUGAGGUGGAGAUGAAGGGUAUGGAGAAGGAGAUCGGGAGGAUAUGUGAAGGGAAGAAGGCACUUGAGGAAAAGUAUGCUACUGUUGGUGAGGAAUUGGAGAGGUCGAAGGAGGUUAUGGAGAGGAAAGAGGCAGCUAAGGCCGCGUUUGAGCAGGCGAGAAGGUUGCUCUUGGGUUAAAGGCUAAAGGGUGAUUUAUCUGUUACUACUGGGUGUUUAGUUUGUUUGUGUAUAAUGUGUGUCUCUAGUCUUUUAAUAUUUCUGUUUUGGAGUAGGGUUGGGUUCCUCUUUUGUGAUAUAAUAUAUGUGACAUCUCUAGUAUUUUCUUCUGGCUUUGUAAUAACGUUUAAGGUAACUUCCAUUUCUUGGUCUGUAAACAUAACCCGGCUGGUAGAUGGACCACUCAGUGUUGGGGUUGCAGCCGAGGAGCGGGUGGAGGUGGCUUGGCUCAUUGGCUGGAUUUUUUUUUUCUC